AUGGCUAAUGGUGAAUAUAGAAAUGUUUUGCGGAUAUUAGUACAAAAUUUUAUUAAUUCUUUGAAACCUCGAACGAUUCGGGGAAAUGCAAUAGGCAAAGAUUAUAUUGGAAACAAGUAUUACGAAAUUCCUGCAAAUCCCAGCAGUGGAAAAAGAAAACCAUCUCGAUGGUAUGAUCCACCAAAAGGUCAAGAUUUUCAGGAUCCCAUACCUGCAGAAUGGGAAGCUUGGCUUAGAAUGCGAAGACUAGAACCACCAUCAGAGGAAGAGGUAGCAAAAAAUCUAGCUAUUGCUGAAAUGAAAAAGAUUAAUGCUGCAAAACUUGAGAAACAGAGGUUAGCCGAAGGUGGGUCUUUGCCAGCACCAGCUGAAAAGGGUCAUGAGUCAUUUCCUACAUAUGAAGAAUACCAUGGGGGAGACCCGGAGAAUAAAUAUAGAAAA